AUGACUGUUACUUCCGGGAUAGCUCCACGCAGGGCUAACAACCCUGCCUUAGAAAACAAUAUUGUUCAGGAUCUAUCAAUAAACUUGCCUCGGAACCGUGGAGCUUUGGAAAACAAGACAGGAAAAUGGAAAAAUGGCUUAUCUUUUGGAACAUGGAACGUUCGCACACUUUUUAAACCUGGAGCAGUACAAUGCUUAGUUGAGGAGACAGAGAGGUAUGGGCUAGGAGUGGUGGCCCUACAAGAGAUUAGGUGGAACGAUAACGGAACUCUAGAUAUCCAAGACACAACGAUCUUCUACGGCGAAUGUAACAAACAUCGUCAAUUUGGAACAGGCUUCGCAGUACAUAAAUACUUAGUACCAUCAGUAAGGGAAUUCAAAAGCAUUAACCCAAGGAUAUCAGUACUAACAUUAAAAGCACAAUAUUUCGAUAUUACAUUCGUGAAUGGGCAUGCACCCACAGAAGAAAAAACACAAGAGGAGAAGGACGAAUUCUAUGAUAAUUUGGAACACACGCUAAAUGAAAUCCCACGAAGUAGAAUUAGGAUAGUCCUAGGAGACUUUAAUGCCAAGUUAGGGAAGGAGAACAUAUUUAGAUCAACGAUUGGUAACCACAGCCUUCACGAUAUAACUAGUGAAAAUGGACUCAGACUUAUAGACUUUGCAUGUGGUGGGGGACUUAUUGUGAAGAGCACAAUGUUCCCACAUAAAGAUAUCUAUAAGGGUACAUGGAAGGCACCGGGUGGUAGAUAUGUCAGUCAGAUAGACCAUGUCCUGAUUAAUACUAGGUUCAGAAAUUGUAUGCAUGAUAUAAAAACAGUCAGAGGAGCUGACUGCGACUCAGACCACUACCUAGUUAAAGGAAAACUGAAGGUGAAACUCAAGAAACUGACAUCAAAAAAAGGAACGUUAGUGGACAAAUAUGACGUGAAUAAGCUUAAAGAUACCAAUAUAUGUAGAAAUUUCAAGCAAAAAUUACAUGAAACAAUGAACAGUUCAAACAUAAAUCAAGAAGAGACAAUUGAUGCUAAAUGGAAAGCGGUUAAGGAUGCUAUAAAAACGGCCACAGUCACAGUAAUAGGCAAACAAAACAGGACAAGGAAACCGUGGUUCAACAACUCCUGCAAGGAAGCAUUUAAUAGAAGAAAAGAAGCCAGGACUCAAAUGCUCAACAAUCCCUAUAAUAGAGAGAAAGUGAUGGCAUACAAAGAAUGUCAAAAGGAAGCAAAUAAUAUAUUUAGAUAUGAAAAACGGAAAUAUGCAAAAGAUGUAUUAGAGGAAGCCGAAAUUGAUCACAAAGUAAAUAGAACUCGACAAUUAUACCAGAAGAUAAAAUCAAUUAGAGGGGGGUACAAAAAACAUGAAAAGUUCCUUAAAAAUGACGAUGGUUCCCUUGUGACAGAACAAGACAAGGUAUUGGAAAAAUGGAGACAAUAUUUUGGAUUAUUACUUAAUUGCGAAAACCCAGUCAAUACAUUUACAUGGAUGCCAACGGAACCUAAUGACACUGAUUGUCCGCCUCCAAGCAAAGAGGAAAUAUUACAACAACUUAAUAGACUAAAAAACCACAAAACUCCUGGGGAGGACGGGAUCCAAGGAGAAGUACUAAAGAACCUGGAUGACGGAACAAUAAAUAGAAUACAUAGUAUUAUAGAGAGUAUCUGGCAUGAAGAAAGACUUCCGGAGGACUGGGGCACAGCAUUAGUGUGUCCUAUUUACAAAAAAAAUGAUCCACAAGUAAGGCCAAUAGCAGAGACUUUACUAGGAGACUAUCAGGGAGGUUUUAGGCCGAAUAGAUCUACAACGGAUCAGAUUUUCGUAAUUAGACAGAUCCUCCAAAAAAGUUGGGAGUAUAAUAAGGAUGUACACAUAUUGUUUGUAGAUUUUAAAAAAGCUUAUGAUUCUAUUCAUAGAGAAAGCCUUAUAAAUAUACUCAAAGAAUUUAGAUUCCCAAGUAAAAUUGUAAGCCUCAUUGGAGCCAGCAUCAACCAGACGGAUAUAAAGGUUAAGAUAGCAAACACAACAUCUCAGCCUGUGAGGGUGACGACAGGUCUCCGGCAAGGGGAUGCGCUUUCCCCAGUGUUGUUUAACCUGGUACUGGAAAAAAUAGUACGAGAAAUGAACGUUUCAGAAGGAAUUGCGCUGGGACAAAUAACAAUUGGACUUUUAGCAUACGCGGACGAUAUAGCUCUCUUAGGAGAUGAUAUUGAGACGAUAAAAAGGCUGGGAAAAAAACUUAUAAAGGCUGCAGAGAAAGUGGGAUUAACCGUUAACGAUGAUAAGACAGAAUACUUAACUGUUAGCCGAAAUAGCAGAAAUUACAGACUAGGACAACAUAUUGAAUUAGAAGGACAUAUUUUUAAGAAAGUCUCACAAUUUAAAUAUCUCGGAUCUAUUAUUACUCAAGACAAUGAACUUAAAACAGAGGUGUCGUCGAGAAUACAACUAGCUAAUAAGGGAUACUAUGGGUUAGAAAAAGUACUGAAAUCUAGGACCCUCUCUAAAAAUUUAAAAAUAAGAAUGAACAUGACAUUAUUACGACCUAUUGUCAUGUACGGAUCUGAGACGUGGGCACUGAGAAAAGCCGAAGAACAGAGACUAGGAGUAUUCGAAAGAAAGGGAGUGACCGAAGUUGUUAGAUUGAGUGGUAAUUUGAAGGUAGCAUGGGCCGUUCGACCACCCUCGAGCAGUGUAGCUGCGAUUCCAGAAGAUGCUACAGCUAAGGCAAUGUCGCGAAAGAAGAAGAUACUAAAACCCAGCAAACCUCCUGACAAAGCUGACUCAUACAGGCCAAUCAGUCUGCUACCAGUGCUCGGAAAAAUCUUGGAAAAAAUACUCCUCAAAAGACUACUCAACAUUUCUAACGAACAAAAUGCGUUACCAGACUUCCAAUUUGGUUUUCGCCCAAAACACGCCACUUUUCACCAACUACAUCGUGUUGUCGACUUAAUCGCCUCCUCCCCAGUGUUCGGAUUAGAUAAGUCAUUCAAUGUUAAAAUAGAAUCCACCUUUUCCAACUCUUACGAUAUACUGGCUGGAGUAUCUCAAGGAAGCGACAUUGCCCCGUUUUUGUACAUCAUAUUUACAGCCGACAUUCCGACCACAGAAAACACUAUAAUGGGUACAUAUGCAGACGACACUGCCAUUCUUGCCGCUAACUCCGAUCCACACAUUUGCUCCCACCAUCUCCAAAACCAUCUCAACAUGCUUUCAAAGUGGUGCAACGCAUGGAAAAUCAAAGUAAACGAAUUAAAAUCUACACACAUCACCUUCACCCUCAGACCUAAGGACUGUCCUGAAGUUUCUUUCAACAAUUCAGUAAUUCCCCACUCAAAAGAAGCCAAAUACCUCGGCCUGCUACUCGACAGGAGACUCACCUGGGGCCCUCAUCUCAAAAACAAAAGGAAACAGCUAAACUCCCGCCUACACGUCAUCAGACCUCUCCUCAAAUCAAACAUGAACCUGUCCAACCGUUUACUUUUAUAUAAAAGUCUCCUCCAACCAAUAUGGUCAUACGGAAUCGCUCUCUGGGGCACUGCCAAACCAUCAAACCUUCGGACAAUCCAAGCUUUCCAAUCAAUAUGUCUUCGCAUGGUCGCCAAAGCACCUUGGUAUGUCACAAACGCCGCUUUACAUCAAGACCUCAAAUGCUCCGACAUCAGCGAUAUCCGGGCUCCGCCAGCAGCGACGCCGCGGUUCUCAGCGCCCAACUCAACCUGGCCUACUACAAGCCACUCGACCGACGCGGUUCGAUUCCUGACACUGAAGGACAAAGCUUACGCCGCCGAAUUAGACGAUCUCCUGAGGACCAUUGCGUCGUCAAACGAGUUUCGGGAAAGUUCGAGCGACCAGCAUCAGCCAAAUCUGGACGAUUUCAAGUUUUUUUUAUAUACACAAGAACAAUUAUUUAAGCUUGAUAAUAUUUUUAAUCGCAUCAUGUCUAGUGAUGAUGAGACUGUAUGUCAAAUUAUAUCAAAAGUUAAAAUUAAUGAAGAGGAUGAAGAUUCUGGAGACAAUUCUUCAUCGGAAAACAGUAGUGAAACUAGUGAAGAUUCCGUAGAAAUUGAAGUACCUUUUAAAGUUGGUAUGUGGGAUUUGAAACAGUGUGAUCCAAAACGAUGUACUGGGAGAAAAUUAAUGAGACUAGAAAUGAUUGACAAACUUGGGAUGUCUGCUAUGUUUAAUGGUAUCGUUCUAACACCUGUUGCUACUGAAAGUGUUUCAGCUAUGGACAAUCAAAUUAUUGCUAAAUAUGGCGUGGCUGUAGUGGAUUGUUCUUGGGCACGACUUAAUGACACUCCAUUCCACAAGUUGCAGCAUAGAAAAGCCAAAAAAAACUUGCGAUUGUUGCCAUAUCUUGUUGCUGCUAAUCCAGUCAACUAUGGACACCCUAGUAAGCUAUCUUGUGUAGAAGCUUUAGCUGCUGCCAUGUACAUUGCUGGUUUCAAGGAAAUUAGUGAUUUGUACAUGUCCAAAUUUAAUUGGGGUCCAACAUUUAUACGCCUCAAUCAAGAAUUAUUAGAUGGCUAUGCUAACUGUAAAGAUGGGAAAGAAAUUGUUGCUUUUCAAAAUCAAUACUUAGACCAACUAGAUAAUGAUUACAAUCAUGAGAGUAGCAGUACAGAAUCAAGCAGUGAGUCUAGCGAGGAUGAUGUAGAUACAACUGUAAGAAAUCGAUAGCAUAAUUGACAACAUAAUGUCAAUUUUUUAUCAUGUCUGAAUAUUUUCUUGAAUAAAGACUGAUCAAAAUAUGCUA